CCGCAACCCACCCGCAGGACUACUGUAGUAUUCCCAUCCCAGCAGUGGAAGAAAAGACAGUAACAAUGAGAACGAAAUAAUAAAAUCCUCACUGACAGGCUGUCCUCCGCCACAAACAUGGACGAAGGCCAUCAUCUUAUGCGCAGCCAGCCGCGGCUGACCGCCGUCGCGGAGAAGACGCUGCCGGCAAAAUGCAAACCGGACUCCCUCGUGUACUGUCCGACGAUGGACCUUGUCGCGCUAGCUUCGCAGGACGAGCAAUUGCAUGUGUUUCGUCUAAAUGGGCAGAAGGUAUUUGGCGGUUCGUUUCGAGGUGGGGACGCGUACUUUGAUUAUGACGAUGAUGAAGACGAGGAGGAUGGGAAGGGAGAGGUCAGGAGGCUUAAGUGGAAGGAUGAUGGGCAUCUCCUUGCUGUUGCAUGUGGAGAUAAUACAAUUCGCGUUAUGAGCUCCUACAGUGGCAAGAUCAUCCAUCAUUAUCCAGCCCGACAGCAGGAAGAUGACCGUUCUGAGGGGCCUACAGAACAGGCCCCUAAGAUCACUUGCUUGGGGUGGGGAGUCAACUUCACAGAUUACAACGCUAUGCGGCACCAUCUCAAAGACAACACUACUCCGUUUUCUCUGGAAAGUGUUCUGUCUCAGGAAGCGCCCCCGUCCAAGGCGAAUCUGCUGAAGGCUGACUUGCCAAGUGAGUUGGCAAUGCUAGACGUAGAAAGCUCCUUACCAAAGCUGAGUACAUUGCCAGGUACAGGAAGUGAUGAUGAUGUUUUCAGUUCCCGGGCGUCUGUGGACGCCAUUUUCCACUCUAAUAAAACCUCUAGCGACACCGUUGAUGUGCUAGUGGUCGGGUUCGAUGAUGGCACCAUCCAUCUCCGGAUAUUUGACUGCUUUGAGAUUGGAUCAUUUGAUCUUGGGAGCCCCGAUCCUGUUUUGAAGUCUUGCAGGCCCUUAUUGCAUGCCGCACACCCGAUGAGCUCCACGCAUGCGCUGCUGAUAUCAACGCGCGGUUCAGAAUCCGAGAAGACGACUCCUUUACGCCUCUUAACCUUAGAUCUGCGAUUUAUCACGAAAUCAGGCCGGUAUCUAUCUCUGCUCGCGUCGAAGACGACUCAGCUGCAGAAUCUGUUGAGGUAUAUCGGCCAGGUUCAGCGACAGAUCCAGCUGGAAUGGAAGAAUGCUUUGGAGCUUCCCGCUAGAUUCAUGCGGAGCAUUAACGAUGAUCUCCAGGCGAAAUGCCAUUGUGACUUUGUGACUGGACUUUAUCAUCUUGUGGUUACUGGGGAUUGCUUCGAGCCCUUGAAGGAGUUCCUCGUGGACAUUGUAUCGGAAAGGGGCCAUAAACGGUGGGAGAAGGCUGUUCAGAAUGGUUACGAAAACGUCCGCAGACUCACUCACGAAUGUCUGCUUCCAGCAUUGGAAAGAAGCCUAGUCCUGCUCAGCAGACUGACCGGGCUGUCAAAGUUUCAGAAACUGAGCGGUGUCCUUGGGCUUGAAACUAAGGAUCUAAACGCGAUUGUGGAAACCGUUGACUGUCUCUACCUUCUCUCGCAUAAGAUAUUACUCUACACCAAUGAGGAACUGGAGCAAUUCCUUGCCUUCUCGAAGUGGCUACGGCACGAGAUUGACAUCCAAAGUGCGGAGCCGAUGUCUCAGACUCUCGAAGAGCUAUUAGAAAAGUCCGAUAUGAUCGAUCAUCAACGUACAUUAAAGUACAUACGAGGAGCUAUGACGAAAAGUGCCCUGCAGGACUUCAUUCAACCUGCUCCUGGAUUAGGCAUCAGACCUGCACCUUCUACCGCUGGCAGAUGGGCACCUUCUGACCAGAGUGGUUCUUUUUAUGAGGAAUAUAAGAAGCUUCUAGCUCAACAAAGCAAGCAGCAUCGGGAGAGUCAGAGCGAUGGCCGGUUGGAGCUUCCAAAGCUACAUGAUCUCACUAGCCGCCUGGGGCUGCAAUGCGAUAAGGUCUUUGCACAAAUCGCGUUGACUCAAAGACGAGGCAUCCUCCACCGCUCACCUCUGGCUCUUCAUUCUGACUGCGAUGAGACCGUCAUCGAUAUAACUAUGCGCCAAGAUGAUGCCGUUGCGGAACAUUCGUGCUCCGUUUACAUCGCAGCAAAGUCUUUGACGUCGAAACAUACCUUCUAUAUAUAUCGGACCGUCGUAGAGACGGUUAAUGGCGUCAGCUCAACGAAGGGUACGUCCAUCGCCGGUGUGUCUCUACAGGAAGGAGACAUACGCCAAGUGCAGUUCGUGCAGGAUGAUACUAUUAUGGUCCUCUGGUCGGAUACAUCGGGAUCUUGUUACCUCCUCGAGUUCCCCUUCAUGCCCUCCCCAAGCCAGGCACCAGCCGAUGGAUCAAAUGAGGAUAUACCCUUCUCCCUGAGCUACGUGGAUAUUGAUCCCAAAUCGGUCACACCUGGCUUCGAAGUACCUUUGGCUGCAAUGGUUAAUCUAUCGGUAGAAUCCAAACAUGCAGUCCGCAUCCGACAUGCAUUUGCCACCGCCGGUGCCAAGUCAAGACCUAUCAGAGUCGACGUCAACGGACGCAAGGGCCGCCGCGUUGUCUGUGUGUUGUAUGGCGAGGGUCUUCGCUAUGAAGUUCUUGACUUGGACAAUGAAGUCCCGGAGGAUGAGGAUGAAGGCGAGGUAGACGCUGGGACGAUGUCUGAUUAGAACGGAGCAUAACAAGCAAGCUUCAGUAGAGCUGUAACUAAAAGGAGCUCUUCUUUUCGAGACAUGUGGCUGAAGGUACUCUGUGUCCUUCGCUUUGGAAGCCAAAAUAACAAAAUCCCAGUACUGUUUUAUUGCCAGAAUAUAAAUCUAGCUAACUAUAACCACGGAAUACUGAGUAGGAUCAUGAUAAUAUAUAUCUCGUGAAGAGAGAUCUCCAGCUACUCCCGAUGCGGUGAUAUAUAUAUAUAUAUAUAUAUAACAAACAUGUACUACUAGUACUCUCUGAACAUCAUGGCCAGCGUAUAUCAGAGUACGGAUAGAGGA